AUGGCAGAUCAACAUUAUGGUGAAAGCGAUGGCAAAGAUAAUGCUGCUAUUGAAAGUUCUGAAUCAAAAGGGGUAGUAGAUCGACAUUCGGAUGAGCAUGUGAGUAAUGAUAACGUUUCUGUUGGAAAUUUAGAAUCAACUAGUGUGACAGGUAAACAUUCUGAGGAAGGUGUUAGUAUAGCUGAUGUUGCUCUUGAAAGUUUGUCAUCAAAAGAUGCAGAAAAUGAACAUUCUGAUAAAGGUUUAAGUACAGAUCAUGCUGUUGCUACAAGUUCAGAAUCGACUUAUGUUGCAGAUAAACAUUCUAAUGAAGGUGUUAGUAUAGCUGAUGUUGCUCUUGAAAGUUUGUCAUCAAAAGAUGCAGAAAAUGAACAUUCUGAUAAAGGUUUAAGUACAGAUCAUGUCGUUGCUACAAGUUCAGUAUCGACUGGUGUGGCAGAGAAACAUUCUGACGAAGGUGUUACUAGUAUAGCUGACGUUGCUCUUGAAAGUUUGAAAUCAAAAGAUUCGGAAAAUGAACAUUCUGAUAAAGGUUUGAAUUCAGAUCAUGUUGUUGCUAUUGGUUUAGAAUCGACUGGUGCAGUAGACAAACAUUCUGAUGAAGGCGUUAGUAUAGCUGACGUUGCUCUUGAAAGUUUGAAAUCAAAGGAAACCGAAAACCAACAUCCUGAUAAAGGUUUAAGUACAGAUGUUGCUACAAGUUUAGAAUCUACUGGGAAGGUAGAUAAAAAUUAUGAUGAAGGCGUUACUAUAGCUGAUGUUGCUCUUGAAAGUUUGAAAUCAAAAGAAGUGGAAAAUCAACAUUCUGAUACAGGUUUAAGUACAGCCAAUGCUAUUGCGUCAAGUUUAAAAUCCACUGGUGUGGCUGAUAAACAUUCUGAUGAAGGCGUUAGUAUAGCUGAUCCGACUCUUGAAAGUUUGAAAUCGAAAAGUGUUGCAGAUAAACAUGUCGAGGAAGGUGCAAUUACUGCUAACGCUAACGAUAUAAUUGUUGAAUCAACGAGACAUGGAACAUCAGUGGAGAUUAAUGUCAUGACACUAGAUUCGCAGUUACAUAGCUUUAAUGUCGACAAAAAUAUGCAAGUUUCAAUAUUUAAGGAUAAAAUAGCUAGUGAAGUUGCCCUUCCAGUGGAGCAACAACGGCUGAUCUUUAGAGGCAAGGUGUUGAAAGAUGACGACCUUCUUUCCGAAUAUCAUAUUGAAAAUGGACAUACUCUGCAUGUUGUGGCUAGACAGCCAUCUGAAUUCCAACCCUCAUCUGGCACCCCCAAUGUAGAGACAACUGCAAGAAGUAGCUAUGCAGGUCAAGAUGUUGAUAUUACCAAUACAUAUCCUCAGGUUGGACAUGUUUCACAUAGUGUCGUUCUUGGUACAUUUGGCGCUGGGGAUCAAGAUGAUGGUGGAAAUCCAGAUAUAAGUCAGGUUAUUGGGGCAGUUCUUAAUUCCUUUGGACUUACGGGUCAGGCCCCCUUGGGUGGUACUAGUUCAGCACAGACAAAUAUGCAGUUCAGUAUACCAGUGCAAGUUGCCCAAGGAAAUGAAACAGGAGCAAGUGUUAGCAAUCAUGCUCACACGGAAAACCACUCCCAGCCUAGAAGUUCUAGUCAAUCAGUGCCUCGAGAGCUUCAAGUUCCUGCACCAACUAUACCUACGCUUGCUACCCCAAUUCCCGAGUCUUUGUACACACUUUCUAUGUUUAUGAAUCACAUGGAGCGGGCUUUAUCGCAGAAUGGUAUUACCUCAAGAUCAAAUAGUACAGAAAGUUUACCGGCUGUAGAAUUGCCGUUAAAUGUUCGUGGCUUGCUAUCACCAGCAGCUUUGGUGGUUGUUCUCCGACAUGCACAACGUCUUCUCAGCGGCUCCGCUAUUGAUUCUUUAUCUCAUAUAGCAAGAAGAAUGGAGGAAGAUGAGAGUUCUAGUGAUGUCACGGUGAGAACCCAGAUUCAGACAGAAGUCAUGCAGUCUGGGCUUGCUAUGCAACAUUUAGGAGCUCUUCUACUUGAGCUUGGCCGUACAAUGCUGACACUACGUGUUGGACAAACUCCUGCUGAAUCUUCUGUGAAUGCCGGACCUGCUGUUUACAUAUCUUCAUCAGGUCCUAAUCCUAUAAUGGUUCAGCCCUUUCCUCUGCAAACCAAUUCUCUAUUUGGUAGCCAUGUAAAUCCUACUGUGGAUACUGGGGGUUUUGGUCCCAUUGGAGGUGGAGCUGUUCCAAGACACCUUAACAUACAUAUCCAUGCUGGAGUAGGUCCCAGGGGACCUAAUGUUGAAUCAAACCAAAGAGAACUUACUAUCGGAAAUGCUGGAGCCAGCUCCCAAACCCGAAGUGUUGGUGAUAACAUGAGAAGUGAAAAUCAGGCUUCUGUUGGACAUGCAGAAGCGGGUCUUCCUGAGAUUAGGACGGAUGGAGACACAGGAUAUGCUACUUCUGAUAGUAUUAAAAUGAAAUCGUUAAGUGAAACAGAAGGUGGUCCGUCAUCCAGUCGGAGGAGCAAUACGCCUAGAAAUGCUUCAGGAAUUCCUCUUGGACUUGGCCCAGGUGGUUUACAACCUAAGAGACGCCAUCGACAGACAAGGUCAGAGAUGGGAAGUAGUGGUGCUUCUUCGUCACAUUCUAAUCAAGGCCUAGCAUCUCCUGGUGGCCAAUGGGAUCCUGCUACAACCAUGAAUCAAGUUAUGCAGAAUCCUGCUUUAGUUAAUAUGUUGGCUGGUGUUUCAAAUCAACCCGGGGCUCCAUCUCCAGAUUUCUUGAAAAAUUUAUUGGGUCAACUAGCUCAGAACCCUGCAAUGAUGAACACAGUUACUCAACAAAUGGAUGGUAAUCAGGAUUUGGCUAGCAUGUUGACGGGCACGGGUGGGCCUGGUGGUGGCGGAAACCAAGAUAUGUCAAAUAUGAUUCAGCAGAUGAUGCCCUUUGUUUGUCAAGCUCUCAAUAGUGGGAGUUCAAGUUCAAACUCACUUCAAUCAACACCAUCUAGGAAAGGUACUCUUCAACGACGUUACAGUAGUGUGAAGAGUUUGAACGUUCGUGAAAGAUCAUCAAGUGAUUUUCAGAUGAACCUUGAAAACGCGGCCCAGAAAAUUGUGGAGCAGUACCCACCUCUAGAAAUAUUCUCAUCCGUAGUCGAAACUGCUGCUGCUUUACACAACAACGUUUUUGAUCAUGAUGCUCUUGAAGGGUUAUGUAUGGAAGAGGAGCAGCUUGCUCUGGAAUUUAACGAGAUGUUGAAACGUGAUAUUUCUCGACGACUUCAAGGAGCCAGACGAUGAUCAUUGCAACUUUUUGAUGUUCCUUUUUAGUUUUUACCAUUUUCUGUGGCAUGCAUUGUUAUUGGCCGGAGAGAUAUGAAGUUCUUGU